ACAGUUACAUUUGGCAGUCAGAGUCUGUCAAUUCUGGAGAGGCAUAAGAAAGUUCAGCAACAGGGAACGAAGAAGUACCUCUAGCUGAAGGAACUAAGCAAAUACUAACUGUGGAGAACAAACCCAAUAGUCAUGAAGCUGAGCGUUGCCCUGUUCUUUGCCGGCUUCUUUGGUGCUUUGGGAGCUGUGUUCUUUUUGCUGUCUUUUGGAACGGAUUAUUGGCUUUUGGCUACUGAAACAUGUUCACCUGAAAACAAUGGAAGCAAAACCGUAAAUGCUGUUCCACUUGAGCGUAGCGAUAUGGUCACAUCUCCAAAGAAAACAGAUACCACUUAUCAUCAUGAGGGCUUCUUCUGGAGGUGCUGGUUUGGUGGGAAACUUGCAGAGGACAAUAUAUGGAAGUUUUGGUUCACCAACCAGCCGCCUUCCAAGUUAUGUAUGCACUCGUACCUCUUUCCAUUCCCGGUAACAACCCCGGCUCACAACUCCACUUCCUAUGACACUGCAGUCAUCUACCGCGGGUUCUGGAGUGUGUUCAUGCUUGUUGGAGUAGCCGCUGUUGUGAUGGCAGGCUUCAUAAUCAUCUGUGCUGCUCCCUUUGCCAGUCAUAAACUUUACAAAGCAGGGGGAGGGCUGUUUCUAAUUGCUAGUGUGUUCUUCUCAGCAGUAGUGGUCAUGUAUGUCAUCUGGGUCCAAGUAUUAAGCACAAUGACUGACUACAAACAGCAACAAAAAACAUCACUCUGUCCAGACUUUCAAAUCAACAUCAGAUAUGGCUGGUCCUUCAUGCUGGCUCCUGUGGGAAUAUUCUUUUCCUUCCUGGCUGGAAUGCUUUUCCUCUUAAUAGGACGUACUGUUCAGAUGCACUACAACUAACCAGGAUGCUCUGGAAGCAGUGUAUGGAUGACAAAACUGUGGAUGUAUAUCGUAUAAAAUAAACUGGUAGAUUUCAUUCAUUUACAUUUUCCCAAGAGCAUUGUAACACAAGUCAUUGUUCAUUACAGUACAUUUUCCAAAGUUUUUUUAUAUUGUACACCAGCACCUAACUGUAUUUUUAUUUAUGAUUCUAGAAUGAUUGGAUUCAUUAUAUUCCCCUUAUUUACUAUGGUCUGGAGUUUUUACUUUUGAGACCAUAUUUAAUGAAACACGAAUGAACAAGUUAAAGAUAAAAAUAUAUUAAACAUUUUUAAAUGAGUUGAAUUUAUUUAUGCAUUCUUAUCUUUUACUGAAUUGUGUUCUGGAGGUCAGAUUGAUCAAUUUUCUAAGUGGUUUACUUCAGUGUGUAAAUGAUUAAUUUUUGCCAAAGGGUAAAAAUACCCUUGCUAAAAAUGCCUAAAAUACCUUGAAUUAAAUUAAGUAUUUUUCUACUUGAGUAAUGGACAUUUAAACAUUUAUAAUUUAAAAUAACCCUACAGGUAACUCUCCAAAAAUGCAAGUUACAAUUUAAAUGUCAAUUAAGAUAAAUAUUACAAAUCUAGUAACAAGCUCAUAGGUUUUUGUUAACUAAUUAAUGACUUGUUUUAAAGUCUGUUUUGACUGACUAAUUAACAUGUGGUAUUUCAAGGUGUUAAAGGAGCCAGUCUAGUACAGUUUAUUAGACUUCAUUUAAUUUCUCAAAACAGUCUUUAAACAGAGUUUGAUUUUUAGAAAGCUUGGUCUUGUUAUAAUAAUGUGUCAUAUAUAUAUAGUCAGUGAAAACAUAAUUUAAAAUACAUACGUAGUUAAAGCAUUGUAAAUAUGGUCCACUGACAGUUUCACCAAAAACCGGUACAUGGUAAAUACCUUGAUUCAUCUGUCUCUUUGUGUCGUGGUAUCUAAUUUUUUUUAACAGGAACUUUGCAUUUUCUUAUGGUUUUUUUUUCAGUUAUACACAGUACAGUUUUACAAUCUAAUAUGUAUUCAUCCUUUCUAUUAAUGGCUUGCAUAGCACCUGCAGUGUGUGUGGUGUUCUUGUAUCCUUGUAAAAGCCUGUAAUAUGUUUGUAUGAUGGUCAGCUGUAUUUCCCUGUUGCACUGUCAACAGGAUGCUCCUGUAAAUGAAAUGCUGAGGGAUGUCCUGUGUAAAUGUUUUCAAAUAAAUACAGAAUAUGCUAAUUGAAUUGGUCAAGUUACGAUCCAAAAACUUUUACAUUUCUUUCUCAAGUGUGGUGAACAGCAUUUGAUCAGCAAGAUAAGAUAAUGUCUGAUACUUAAAUUCAGUUAAGAAAGAGAAAUAUUCAUAACAUUGGCCUUAAGUUUAGAGAAAUGGGUAAUAUACCCAUUUUGAGCAGCUACUGGCUAUUAGUAAAUCUUCCUAAUUCUUAACUUGUAUAUUCAUAUCGAGAAUAUUAAAUGAAUACAUUUAUACUAAUGUACUUAUAUUUUAGUUUAAAUUGGGACUAUGUUGUGUCCUCUUGCAGUGAUCUCUUAGUACAUCAGUUGUUUUUUUUUGUUUCCUGGUCGGGGGUUGUGGGAAUGGCGUCUCUUUGAAGCACAGUUGGGCUGCCGUGGUUGUGGAGGUAACAUAUCCUGUACAAAGUGAUGGAUUUGCGUGCUCAGACCCCGCAUUAUGUAUAAAGACAUAUACUGUUCUUCUAGUUCUUCUGCCUCUCUGUGUGCUGUCUGCUUUUGGAGCUCUACUAUUUGCCGAUUCCAGUUCCUCGUUCAUUGGUUUGGUGUCAUUCUCAAAUU